AUGUCAGCUGCGAAAUCCCGUUUGUCGAGCCUGUUAGGGCAUUUGAUCCCUGCUCAAAGCAAGGGCCCUACCGCAUCGCCCGCACCAUUUGAACACUCGCUCAAUUUCCAUACCCUCUCGCCGACGACCUUCCUGCCUCGGGCGGCGGCUAUCGAGCCAGAGGCGGAGGCAAUUGUUCACAUCACGGCCAAUAGCCAAAUCCUACGGAGAACAUAUCUCGAGACGGCUGAUCGAGCUCGAGGUCUUGCGUACUAUCUGAAGAAACGGGGGUGGAAGAGAGUCGGCAUUCUUUGCCCUAAUACGCCCGCUUUCCUGGAGUCGAUCUUCGGGAUUGCCGCUGCGGGAGCUGUCAAUGUUGCUGUGAACUACCGCCUCAAGCCUGAUGAUAUCGAGUAUAUCUUCACGCACUCGGAUGUCGAAGCAAUUAUUGUAGACGAAGAGUACCUUCCCCUUCUUGAGUCGUAUAGAAAGUCGAAUCCAAAUAUCUCCAUCGUCGUUGAUACCGACACGGACGCCACAGAAGGCCAAGUGUCUGGCCCUUUUGACGACGCGGUUCUGGAUGGCUUGAAGUAUGACGCGGACACCGGUGCCAAGGGAUGGGCCGGGCUCGAGAGCCAAGCAGCCUCCGAAGACGACAUCGUUGCCCUAGCCUACACCAGUGGCACCACGGCCCGACCCAAAGGUGUCGAAUACACUCAUCGGGGUUGCUAUCUUGCCGCCUUGGGUAACGUGAUCGAGUCUGGUCUCAAUACUCAUUAUGGCCGCUGUGGUUAUUUAUGGACUUUACCGAUGUUCCAUGCGAUGGGCUGGUCAUUUCCCUGGGCCGUCACAGCAGUCCGCGGGACUCACUACUGUCUACGGAAGAUUGACUACCCUCAGAUCUGGAAAUUGCUGAAGGAAGAGGACAUCACUCAUUUCAAUGCGGCGCCGACGGUGAAUACGCUCCUCUGCAAUGCCAGCGAGGCCGAGCGUCUUGCAUCGCCCGUGCAGGUAACGGUGGCAGCCAGUCCUCCCACACCUCAUCUCUUCGAACAGAUGACCAAUCUGAACCUGCAUCCUGUCCAUGUGUACGGGAUGACGGAGACCUACGGACCCAUUACCAAGGGCUAUCACAUGCCGUCAUGGGACCAUUUACCCCCGAAGGAGAAGUACAAGCGGAUGGCGCGACAGGGACAUGGUUUCGUUACCAGUCUCCCGGUGCGCGUCAUCAGAACCGACGUCCCCGAAGGCACCAUCGUCGACGUCUCCCGCGACGGGUCGGAGAUCGGCGAGGUCGUGUUCGUCGGGAAUAUCACCGCACGGGGCUACUACAAGGACCCGGAGGCUACACGGAAGCUCUUCGCCGGAGGGGUCCUCCAUUCGGGAGAUUUGGCCGUUUGGCAUCCCGACGGAGCGAUCCAGAUCCUGGACCGAGCCAAAGACAUUAUCAUCAGCGGCGGAGAAAAUAUAUCCUCGGUCGCGCUGGAGUCUAUGCUGGUCACGCAUCCCGAAAUUCUAGAAGCCGGCGUGGUGUCCGUGCCAGAUACCCACUGGGGCGAGCGACCCAAGGCGUUCGUUACGGUGAAACCGGGGCAACAACUACAGGGCCAGGAGGUCAUCGAGUGGGCCCGGAAUGUCAGCGGAAUCAGUAAGUUUAUGAUCCCGCGGGAGGUGGAGGUAGUGGCGGAACUACCCAAGACCAGUACCGGGAAGUUGAGGAAAAAUGUGCUCCGGGAGUGGGCAAAGGGGGGAAGUCGAACAUGA